CAACAUUCCAACCACUGGCAGCAGAUACCACUGACACUAUUAUUUACGACUUUCUCUCUCACUUUAAGAACGGUUUAUUAAUUACAAUGUAUAUAAAAAGCUGUUGCGGUCUCUGUGGUGUUUAUUUUUGGAACAGCGUCCGACCACACAAAUCCAUCCCACAGAUAAACUUUCGCUGUUUAUUUUAAAUGCUGCGCUGUUGCUUUAAAUGUAACGACGUUCAACACUGCAGAAAGAAAAGGGGAUGCGGCGCGUGUGCAGCUCUGAGCCGUGGAAUCUGCCAUUCAGCAGCCAGCGUGGAUGUCACUUCCUGUUUGUGUUUCUGAGUGAGUUAGUUCCUUUGUGGAUCACCAGCAGCAGAACUGGGGCCUUGCUUAGUGCGACACGGACUCAGGGAAAAAAUACAUAAAUACACGAUCAGCAAAGUGAAAGAAUAGACUCACACGUCUGAGGAACAACUAUAAACAUUCAAACUACAAAGACAACAGCUACUGGCAACCCGUCCGAGAGACUUCUUGUAUAAUCCUGCCCUGACGGUAAACACGUUUGGUUGUAUUGAAGCUGAGGGAUUGGAUACUCCCAUCAGUUUCACAAGGUUUCCCCGAGACUCUGUGGAAGGUCUCCUCCCCUCUCUGCGUGACGCCGUGGACGCGCUGACCCGUGCUUGACCACACAGAGGAGCAGACAGCGCACUCCGGCCCCAGCAUGAACGAAGUGACCGUGGUGCGGGAGGGCUGGCUUCACAAGAGAGGAGAGUACAUUAAAACAUGGAGACCCCGUUAUUUCAUCCUAAAGAGCGAUGGCUCCUUUAUUGGCUACAAAGAGAAACCAGAGACAUCCGACCACAUCUUGCCUCCUUUAAACAAUUUCACAGUAGGCGAAUGUCAGCUGAUGAAGACGGAGCGUCCGAGACCCAACACCUUUAUGAUCAGAUGUCUGCAGUGGACGACGGUCAUCGAGCGGACCUUUCAUGUGGACAGUCCAGAAGAGAGGGAGGAGUGGAUCCGAGCGAUCCAAACGGUGGCGAACAGCCUGAAGAACAGAGUGCCGGAUGAGGAGCCCAUGGACAUCAAGUUCGGCUCUCCUAGCGAGAACUGUGGUGCAGAGGAGAUGGAAGUGGCAAUCUCCAAGACCAGAUCCAAAGUGACCAUGAGUGACUUUGACUAUCUGAAGCUGCUUGGCAAGGGGACGUUCGGGAAGGUGAUUCUGGUGAAAGAGAAAGCCACCGGGAUGUACUACGCCAUGAAGAUUCUGAGGAAAGAGGUUAUCAUUGCCAAAGAUGAAGUCGCUCACACAGUCACUGAGAGCAGAGUGCUACAGAACACGAGGCACCCCUUUCUAACUACACUAAAGUAUGCUUUCCAGACGCACGACCGGCUGUGCUUCGUGAUGGAGUACGCCAACGGAGGAGAGCUGUUUUUCCACCUGUCCCGGGACCGUGUGUUCACGGAGGAGCGAGCCCGGUUCUAUGGUGCUGAGAUCGUGUCUGCUCUGGAGUAUCUGCACUCCAGGAACGUGGUCUACAGGGACCUGAAGCUGGAGAACCUAAUGCUGGAUAAAGACGGCCACAUCAAGAUCACAGACUUCGGGCUUUGCAAGGAGGGCAUCACUGACGGGGCCACCAUGAAGACGUUCUGCGGGACCCCCGAAUACCUGGCACCUGAGGUGCUAGAGGACAAUGACUAUGGGCGUGCAGUGGACUGGUGGGGGCUGGGCGUGGUCAUGUAUGAGAUGAUGUGCGGCCGGCUGCCCUUCUACAACCAAGACCACGAGCGCCUUUUUGAGCUCAUCCUCAUGGAGGAGAUCAGAUUCCCACGCAACCUCUCCCCCGAGGCCAGGGCAUUGCUGGCAGGACUGCUCAAGAAGGACCCCAAGCAGAGGUUGGGAGGCGGGCCGGAUGAUGCUAAGGAUGUGAUGACCCACAAGUUCUUCACUGCCAUUAACUGGCAGGACGUACUGCAGAAGAAGCUUGUCCCCCCUUUCAAGCCCCAGGUGACGUCGGAAACCGAUACGAGAUACUUCGAUGAUGAAUUCACAGCGCAGACGAUUACAGUCACCCCCCCAGACAAAUAUGACAGCCUGGACUCUGAAGACCCCACUCAGCGGACACAUUUCCCUCAGUUUUCCUACUCUGCCAGUAUACGAGAGUGACCAGGAGGGGAGAGAAACUCGACGAAGCAACAAGAACAGAAGACAAGACGCAUUGACUGGUCCAAUUCACGGGACAGCAACGCCCAUAGCCCUGCCUUAAUCGGGUUCUACACUAAAAACAAACCCAAAAGAGAACAAUACACACACACACACACACACUCACACUCAUCCCAGAGACUGCAGGAAUCCAUUGAGAAACCCUACCUGAACUCUUUUUUUCUUUCUUUUCUUGUUUAAGAGGAAAAGUCCUUUCUUUUUUUAAUGUUUCUGAAUGUUACACCGUUUUAAGCCAUAGUCUGCGAUACAAGUGCUCUUUUUGGAAAGCAGCUGUUACCAAUAGUGUUGAACUGUUCUUACUUGGCACGCUCAGAGUGAUGUCACAACGAAGGGAAGGUUUUGUAUAGCCGCUUUUUUUUUUUUUUUUUUUUUUUUUUUUCGCACUCAAGGUAAAAAAAUAAAUAAAUAAGAGGGUGGGCUUAACAUCCCUUUUUAUUGAUUCCCGAUUUUUACUUGUGAUUCACAAUAAUGGCGUGUUUGCAAUGUGGCCCGUAGAGGGUGCGAAACUUAAUCAUAAAACUACAGACUUUGUUUUGUUUUCUGUAAAAUAUCAGACACCAUUUAGGCAGAAAAGACGAUCCCCUUUUUUACACUUCCUUCCUGUUCUGUAAACGGGCUUUGAUAUCAGUUAUAACCACCUGCUGUUGCAAGUCAGGCACGUCCUAGUGUGGUGGUUUCAAAAGGGGCUGGUGUCCCGACUUCCACUGGAGAAUGUAAAACAACUGGACUGUCAUCAAGGUCUGGCACAGGAACAUGCACAGAAGGUUAUGGAAGUAAAUGGACAGCAAGAAUUAUUUUUUAAUUGAAUAUUAAAAGCUAGUAGUAAAAAGAGAAAAAAGAGAAGCGGUCUGAUGUAUAUGAAUGUGACAGUUUGCAGUCACGAAUGUAUCUUUAUGCUAAUAUUGCAAGAGAUGUUAAUACGGUUCUUCUGUGUGGGGUGGGGAAGGAGGGGGGCAUUGUAAAAUACUCAAUCCACUAUGCUGUGGACACCUUUCUCAGAAGUUUAUUCAAGCUUUCUUUAAGUGCAUCACGAGUGCACGGGAACUUGGAUCAUGGGAGCCUCUGUUACAUGGCUCUGAUUUAAGAUAAAAAGCCUGGUUCUUCUACCUGAUAGACCUUUAUUAUUACACAUUAUUAUAUAGAAAUUCUGUUUCAGUAAAUGAUGAUGCUGACUGAACACAUUUUUAGAAAGUCUUUUGUCCAAUCUUUUGUGCUCUUUUUUUUUGUAAAGAGGUGAAGUUUGUGGCAAGAUCGUUUGAGCCUUGCUCUACUGUUUGCAGUAUAUAACUAGGCUGUGAUAAAUCACUGAUUUAACUGAGGUUCUUCAUUGCAACACUAUGAACCCUGAGGUUUCACCACUUUCAGAGUCGUGUCUGACCAGCUGAGCUGCUGUGAUUGAGGGGUGGAGAUACUGGUAUCCAAAGUCAGUAGGAAAGAGUCAGGUAUGACUGACAGCCGUUUCAUUUGCUGUGAUUUCCCCAAGCUUGGAUUUCUCUACCCCGGCUGCAUUUGGUCAGCUGACAGUCAGGAGGAAAUAAUAAAUUGAUUUGAUCGCAUUGAGUUGCACAGUU